AUGGCCUUUUGGCUUGUGGUUAAUGUAUGUGUUUCAAAAUUCAAUCGGAGGGGCCUUGAAGUUGCCCGGCGCGAAUGCGGGUUCCUGGACGAGCUAUCCGGGUCGGGUCAUGUUAUCAAGAAAGUGGAGGAAAUUCCGAACUCCGGUGAGCGACUCGCCGUCACGGUGGUCUACGAAGCUCUCGCCGCGACAAGUUUGAGGCGGUUCUUGGACGCCAACCCCGAACAGUCUCUGGAGCUCCGGGUCGUCAAAUCGAUCACAUACCAAAUCUUGAAGGGUUUGGCCGACGCUCACGGCCUGGGUAUUUUUCACCGUGAUAUACGGCCCAGUAAGAUCGUCAUCGCGGUCGCCGACAAUGGGUUAUUGACGGUCAAAAUAGUGGAUUUCAGGGAUGCCAGAAGGGUGGGUCGACCGGAACCCGUCACUCCAACUAGAGACAUCGAAAAGGUAAAUCUUUACUACCAGUCGCCGGAGCAACUCAUGGGCUCCACAAGCUACGGCGCCGCCGUCGACAUGUGGGUUGUCGGAUGCAUUCUUGCCGAGUUGGCAGAUAGGUGCAGGGUUUUGUUCCCUGGAAUGAACCUUAUUGAUUCAAACAGGACUCUAAUUCAACCCAGGGAGCAGGAUACCGGGACACAGUAUCUAGGUCAGCUAUACAAGAUUUUCAGUAUACGCGGUACUCCUCGCCUUCACCUUCUACCAGCAAAUGUAGCUGGCUUUCUGGACUGGGAGACUGUCCCUCGGUUUCGCAGAGCCAACCUCCUCCGACGUUUCCCGAUGCUUGGUGUUUCUGGCAAUCGGCUCCUGGCGCGUUUGUUGAGCUACUCUUCAGUAGAAAGGCUGUCAGCUGCUGCCGCGAUUGAGCACAACUUUUUCGAUUAG